AUGUCAGAAUUCUUAGGAUCUCGCAUCUCCCUCAUCUCCAAGAGCGACAUUCGAUAUGUCGGCGUUCUUCACGAGAUCAACUCAGACGAGUCUACCGUCUCGCUCGAGAAUGUUCGCUCCUUCGGAACCGAGGGUCGAAGGAACAGACCCGAAGAAGAGAUAGCACCCUCCGACCAGGUUUAUGACUACAUCAUUUUCCGUGGCAGCGAUGUCAAAGACUUGAGGAUCGAAGACCACCCAGGCAUCAAGGAGAACAAGCCUCCUGCCAUGCCUGAGGACCCUGCCAUUGUCAACGCUCGUCCUCGUCCUGGCCAGGGACCCAACAACCAGCCGCCUCCCGCGCCUGGAUUCGGUCAACCUCCUUUCCAGAACAACUUUUAUCCCCCACCUGGCCCAUGGGGUCCCGCCCCUGGUCCUGGCCGCGGCGGUCCCGUGCCUCCCGCUGGCAUGGGCGGCAUGCCCUAUCCUCCUCCGCCAGGAUGGUUCCCUCCCGGUCCCCCGGGCCAAGGCUUCCCUCCCGGCCCUGAACAGUGGAACAACUACAACAACUACCCUCCCGGCCCCCGUGGACCUGCGGGCCCUGGCGGACCUCACGGUCCUGGUGGUGUACCUGGUCAGGCUCCUGAGAACCGUGGCACUCCCGGUCCUCAAGAUGGAAAGCCUGCACCGAUUGGCGCUGCUGGUGACAAGCAGAAGCCCGCCACCCCGGCCGCCCAAGGUGCACCAAGCGAACCAAAGACGGCACCACCGCCUGGGUUCCAGGCACCCGCUCCUACGCCCCCUGUCGGCUCGAAGCCCUCUGUGGCAGAGGUCAAGGCAACUGCUGCGUCUUUGAACGCAGCUGGCCCCACCAAGCCUGUCGAGCUUCCUGUGCCUACAGGACCGAAGAACAUCGGCCGCGUCCAGCCCGUCAUUCCUCUGGCUGGCUCUAUUCCGAAGGCCUUCCCAGUGCCUGUGAACGAUAGCAACGCUGCGCAAUCUGCUCCUAAGGCUGCCGCGGCGCCGACCGCCGCUUCUGUCCGCGAUGCGACUGAGGCAGCAAAGGCCGCCGUCGCUUUGGCUAUGGCGAACAUGAAUGCUGGCAACGUUGCAGUUCCGGCCGCCCCCCAGGGCAAUGGCAAUGCGAUGGACAACUUGACUAAGAAGGUCAAUGAAAUGAGGGUCAACGCCGCCCGAACAACUCAGCCAGGAGGCGGCCGGGGCCGUGGCCGCGGUGGCCGCCAAGGUUCGGCACAGGGUCAGGGCCAGGCUAAGGUCGACGUCCCAGAUGCGGACUUUGACUUUGCUCAAGCCAAUGCGAAGUUCAACAAGGACGAUCUGGUGAAGGAAGCGAUCGCUGGAUCCCCUCUGAACGAGACUCCUACCAACGGACCUGCAGCCGAAGUGCCUGCUCCCGAGGUCGCGGGCACAAACCCGCCGAUUGCCUACAACAAGACCCGAUCAUUCUUCGACAACAUCUCGAGCGAGGCUAAAGAUCGGGCAGACAACAACGGUCAGAAGCCCGGCGGCCGUGAAUGGCGCGGCGAGGAACAACGCAAGAAUAUGGAGACCUUCGGUCAAGGCAGUGUCGACGGCGGAUACAGAGGCUACCGGGGCAGAGGUCGUGGUCGCGGCCGUGGCUUUGGUGGCGGUCGUGGUGGAAGAGGCAGCUACCGUGGUCGUGGUGGCCAAGGUGCCCCGUCUCCGGCUGCGAACUAG